AUGUGCAAUUGCGAGCAGCAAGCCGAGCUCGAAUCCUUGGAGGCGAUUUAUGAGGGCAGCCGAGAUGUGAUUCUGGUGCUCCCAGACCUCGAAAAUCCGCGGGACGAAGGAGCCUGCCGGCAGUUGCAGGCCACAUUCCGAUCCGCAGGUGUCAACAUCACGAUCUGGCUGCCUGAGGAGUACCUCGCAGAGGAUGGCGCGUCGGCGCUGCCGCUUUUUGAGCUGAGCUCAAAGAAGCCGUCCCCCGAGCGCUUGGAGUUCAUGGCACAGGAGCUUCAUGCUUUGGCUGAGCCUCUCCGCGGUUCGCCAGUGCUCUUCAGCUGGCUGGAGUGGCUGAGGACCGAUGCCGUCACUGCAUUCCCACCCACUGCGUUGGUCUCCUCAGAGGCUCCCUCGCAAGAGGUGGCGCUCCUAGAGCUUGAGACCGAAGACUUCUUCGACGACAUCCCGUCAGCAGAUCCUGAUGAAAUCUUGCGAUCUGCCAAGUGUGAGAGCUGCGCAAUCCAGCUGGAUUCGGUUUCACGAGUUCACCUCCAGGCAUGCGGGCACUCCUUCUGCCCGCAGUGUGCAGCGACUUGUUCCCAACUCUUCGCGGCCAACCAGCAGACCCCGCACUGUCCUGUUGCCUCCUGCCGAGCGACUGCACCGGAGCUUUUGCAAUGGAAUGAGACGCCAGAACUGUGGGCGAUUGUUUCGAAGCGCAUUCUAUCCAUGCCUUUGCAGGACUCCAUCGUGUUCUGCCCCAGAUGCGAAGAUCGCGGCAUGGACAUGCCUAUUGUGACCCCGGUGGAUGCUUCCUCUCGAUGCCAGUGCUUCCAGUGCCAACACCAAUUCUGCUCCAUCUGCCGUUCUCCGAUGCACUCGGGCUCCUGCUUCGAUUCCCCACAUCGCGUGAAGCGGAUGGCGAAGCGACGGCCGCCGCUGACGGCGGAGAUGGCGGAGAAGGCUGCUGCACGAGCUGCUGAGAUCCAGGAAGAGGAGCUGAAGUGGGAGCAGGAUAUCCUCGGCGAGCUGCGCACGGCGGCUGGCUUCGCGGAUUUUGUGGAGUACUUUCACAAGCACCACCACGAUCAGAUCAUGACGGGCUUGACUGCUGCUUUCGGACCUCAGGUGGAACUCAAGGCAGUACCGUUGGCACCGUCUGUGCAAGCAAGGUUCAUGGCGAAGAUGAUGGGCGCUCACAUCAAACCCGCCUUUCAUGGUACCGACACGCGCAACUACGAGUCCAUCUUCUCAAGGGGCUUGCUCAUCCCGGGCGUUGAGAACCGGCUGCAGAUUGUACAUGGUGCUGCUCACGGCCGGGGAAUUUACACGGCGAACAUAGAUGCAUCGUGGUUGUCCAGGGGCUUCUGCCCAUCGAACUCCAUGCUUGUUUGCGCCGUCCGGCAGGAGAAUGUCGUGCACGUGGGAGACGCCAUGGUCGUGUCCGACCCGGACAAUCCGAAUGACCUGGAUGGGCAGUUCUCCGUGGCGACCUCGGGGUGUACUUGCGGAUCGGCUCAUCAGCUGGAGGAAGAGUGCCAACGAUUAGCUGCACAAAGCUACAGCCUCGCGACGCGCCUCGACUCGGUAGUUGCCCGCGAGGAAGACAUGGACCACUGUUUGGAAAGUCUAGAUUUGGACAUUGAGCGAAUGGAGAUCGCUGAGGAAGAGCUUCGAUGGUCCAGGGAUGAUACGGAGGCUGCGUGUGCGGAAGCCGAAGCCUUGCUCCAAGCCGCUGCAGCCAAAGCGAAGGCCCUAGGAUCUGCGCAAGAGACGCUCGAUGAGCAGGCUUCGACGCUCAAGCAGCUGGAGAUGGAGGUGGAGGGAAAGGAGCGAGAUUUGGCCCAAGAUGAGUCGGACUUGUUCGAGGCCAGAAACCGGGUUGACGACCAAGUCGGCCGCAUGCGACGUGAGUUUGACCAGAUCGAGAAGGAGACGCACCUCCUGCAUCUGGAGUUUGAGGAAGCUGUUCAACAGCUCGAUGAAGUGGAACGGGAGGAGUGGGCCUUGCAUGAAGACAAGCGUCUUCUUGAGGAGAUUGAGGCCCAGGUGGAGCCUGUGCGACGUCGUCUGGUGGAGCGAGAAAGACGCCUUCACUUUGAGGAAGAAGAAUUGAAAGCUCAGGAGGCGGAUUGUGAAGAAAAGGAGGCCCAGUUCUUGCCGGCAUACCAGCAAGCGCAGCAAGCUGUCUUGGCUGUCCAGCAACGUCAGCAGGACAUAGACAAGAGGAUAGAAGAAAGCUGCCAGCAGCAGCGCCGGCUGCUUCAGCAAUUCCAGGAUUUGGGCGAAAUCGACGCCGGUUUGCAACUCGAUGAUGCAACACUGCAAAGUGAGAGCACGGCCUUUGUUGAAGGACAUACUGCAGACGUUGACUGGGCGCACUCCCUUCGACAACAGCAGACAUACCUGCGGCAGAUGGAGAUGGAUCUUCUGCAGUUGAAGGAGCAAACCGAUUCCGGCAACCAGCAGAAUGCUGGGAAGUCGCCAGGUUGA